AUUGGGCUCUCACUGCCAGCUUUAACUCAGCAUCCAUAUUUUUCGCAUCCGCGUGGGAGAGAGAGAGAGAGAGAGAGAGAGAGAGAGAGAGAGAGAGAGAGAGAGAGAGAGAGAGAGAGAGAGCAAAGGGAGUGGCAGACGCUGACAAAUCUCAUGCCGGGAAGCCGACUGAGCCAUCCCUGCACAUCUGAAGUUCGCCGGCGCCGACUUCUUCGUAAUUCACAGAAUUUGGACUUCAUAAGUCCCGCAGGUAGAAUGGAGAGGGAUAUCCGCCAUCCUCACAUUUAGUGCCUCGAAAGGAAAAAAAGAAAGAACGAAAAAAAAACCUUAAUAAGCUGCGAAACUUGAAGUUUCUCCAGUGGACAUAAUGAACAUGCUGAAGUCCAGUGGCUUGAAGAUCCCUGGCAGGGGUCCUAAACACUCCAGUCCAGUGGGACGAACAACUGUUGGCCCAUCAACCAGUCCCGCGGCUCAAAAAGACAGUGUCCCCUACAAGCAGAUGACUCCCACCCCCUCUAGCAACGCCUCAGACAAGUCCAGCUCCAAAGCCUCUGAGGUGGGUGAUGAGGUGGCUGGGGACUUUGUGGUCGGUGAACGUGUAUGGGUGAAUGGAGUCAAACCAGGAGUCAUCGCCUAUCUUGGAGAGACCCAGUUUUCCCCGGGACAGUGGGCUGGAGUGGUGCUGAAUGACCUGGUUGGAAAAAAUGACGGCUCCGUCAAUGGGGUGCGUUACUUUGAGUGCCAGGCUUUGCAGGGCAUCUUCACCAGGCCUUCCAAGCUCACGCGGCAACCCAUCGGAGACGGGAGCGAUGAGCAGCAGCAGAACGCACAGCUGCAGGGAGGUGCGGGAGCAUCCGGCCAGCGUGUGGUCAUGCCGCUCAGAGAAGGCAUGCUCAACAGCUCCGUCAAAACCGGCAACGAGUCAGGAUCCAAUAUGUCUGACAGUGGAUCUGUGAAGAAAGGGGGAGAAAAGGACCUUAAGGUUGGAGAUCGAGUGCUGGUUGGCGGAACUAAAACAGGAGUAGUGCGUUAUGUGGGAGAGACUGACUUUGCCAAGGGCGAGUGGUGUGGAGUGGAGCUGGACGAGCCAUUAGGGAAAAACGAUGGAGCUGUAGCUGGAACCAGAUAUUUCCAGUGCCCGCUUAAGUUUGGUCUCUUUGCUCCAAUUCACAAAGUGAUCCGCAUUGGCUUCCCAUCCACCAGUCCAGCUAAAGCUAAGAAGAGCAAGCGUAUGGCAAUGGGUGUGUCAUCUCUGGCUCACAGCCCCUCCAGCUCCUCCAUCAGCUCCGUCAGCUCUGUGGCCUCCAGCGUGGGGGGGCGACCCAGUCGCACUGGCCUGCUGACAGAGACGUCGUCGAGGUAUGCGCGGAAGAUCUCAGGGACCACGGCUCUGCAGGAAGCCUUGAAGGAGAAACAGCAGCACAUAGAGCAGCUCCUGGCCGAGAGAGACCUGGAGCGGGCCGAGGUUGCCAAGGCAACCAGCCGUAUCUGCGAGGUGGAAAAAGAGAUAACGGCACUGAAGGCCCGACAUCUGCAGUAUGCAACAGAGGCAGAGAGCAACCUACAGCAAGUCCGAGCCCUGCUGGCAAGCACACAGAAAGACAAGAUGGAACUGGCCAAUCAGCUUGAAGAAGAGAAAAGGAAGGUGGAAGAUCUUCAGUUCAGAGUUGAGGAAGAGUCCAUUACCAAAGGAGACCUGGAGACUCAGACCAAACUGGAGCAUGCCCGUAUUCGGCAGCUCGAGCAGUGUCUGCAUUUGGAAAAGUCCAAAGCAGAGCGGCUUCAGAAAGAGUUAGAGGAAAAGAUGGUCAGAGGCAGGCUCCAGCCAACACCCAUGAGGCUGGGCGAGAGUGUCAAGCAAACUACAGUUGAGGAGAAGAGUCGUGUAAUGCAGCUGGAAGAGGAAUUGGCGUUGCGCAAGGCUGAGGUUGAGGAGCUCCAGGCUUGGCUUCAGAGAGGCUCCUCCGGUCCAGGCACAGACGCUGGAGACAGCAGAUCAGGCAUAAGCUCAGAGACUCUGGUUUUGCGAGAACAGCUUCUCUCUGCAGGUCGUGAACGCCGUGAAGAGAGCAGCCAGCUGCGCGAGAGGUACGAAGCAUCUUUGAACAGCAGCCAGAAAGAAGUUGAACGUCUAAAAGCCACCACAGAACGUCAGGGCCAAGAGAUCUCCGACCUGAAGCAAAGACUUCAGCAAGCCACUCGUGAAAACAUGGAGAUGAUGGACAGCUGGAAAGCCAAACUUGACGCUUUGAUUGGAGACCAUCAACGUGCUCUAGUGGAACUAAAAGCCUCGCUAACAGGAGAUCGUGGGGCCAGUGAGACCAGUGGAGCGGAGGGCGAAGGAACCACACCUGAGAUCAGAGCAGCUCUGGAGAGCUUAAAGAUGGAGCAGCAAUUGGAAUUAGAGAACCUAAAUGCCAAACAUGAGAUCGAUGUUGCCGUGAUGGCCAAAGAGCGUGAAGAUCUACGUUCCCGACUUCAGGAAUUGCGGGACCAGCUAGAGGAGAGUGAGGAGAACUGGAAGAUCCAGGUGGAAGCCAAGAGCAACCAGCAUUCUCUGGAGCUCAAAGAGGUCUCAGAGAAGCUUCAAAAGGCAGAGCUGAGGAUCAGCGAGUUUGAUAAGUCCCAUGAAAAGCAGGAAAGGGCCACCCGACUUCUCAAAGAGCAGCUAGAGCUGGCUGAGAAGAAGAUGGUAGAUUAUGAGGCCCUGCAGAAGGCUGAAGCUCAGAGUCGAGCAGAGAUCCUCUCUCUGCAGGAGAAGCUGAGAGUCAGUGAGAACCGACUCCAAGCUGUAGAGGCGGAUCACACCACCCAGGAUGUUAAUAUGAUCGAAAAUAAUGACAACUCUGAAGAGAAGAUUAAACUAAAGCAGAAUAUGGAAGAAACCCUGGAGAAACUCACAAAAAGGGAAAAAGAAGUAUCCACUCUAACAACCCAAGUAGAUGCCCUGAAGACCCAAAUAACUGCCUUAGAGGAAAAGGUUCGUUUGGGAGAGAAGGCGGCAGAUGGACUUGUUACGGAAAAGACACGCUUGGAGGCAGAGCUGGAGUCCAUGACCAAGAAAUCCCAUGAUGCAUCAGGCCAGCUGGUGGUUAUUAGCCAGGAGCUUCUGAAGAAAGAGAGGAACCUGAAUGAGCUUCGGGUGUUAUUGCUGGAAUCACCGCGUCACUCAGCGGGAGUGGAUUGGGAACUGAGCCGUGAAGUCCACAGAGCCGAGUGGAGGAUGAAGGAGCAGAAACUACAGGAUGACAUCAAAACCCUCCGAGAGAAGCUUUUGCUGCUGGGUCGUGAGAGGUCAUCUCCAGACCAUCGUCGAUACUCGAUGAUGGACCCAUCUGCUUCAGACACAGAGGUGGCCCAUCUGCGUCAAAGGCUGCUGAGCACAGAAGAUGCCCUGAGGAAUGCUCUGGAACACAACCAACACGUGGACCAGCUAGUGCAGGCCAUGCGUACCCGCCCGGACAAGAACCAGGCACAUGCUAGUGCAAAUUCUGCAAAUGGAAUCCAUCAAGAAGACACUUCCUUCACACAAGAGGAAGAGCACUGAUGAGGGCUAAAACAGUUCUCAGAUGUUUAGGGAAGAAUGGAGGUGUAUUGGAAAAGAUGAAGCCAAUUUGAUGCCUAGACGUUUGGACUAAUGCUUCACUGGACAUCUUAUCUUCUGUUUACAGUUAACACCAAAACAAUGACUUUUUUAGUGGAACAAACAGAAACCACAAAUCGAAGAGUAUCUAAAAUGAUCUGAGAUGCUAUAAAAAGACAUAACGGAAGUGGUUUUUAAGGUCAGGGGUACAACACGGACAAACUGUCACACUGGCCCUGUAGACUACCUCCGAGAUGGACAGUGAUCUCUGACUUGACAAAUGAGAGAAUGUUGGUCAGGAUACUUGAAUCCUCGGAAAAAAAACAGAACCCUGCUAUACUCUCAGUUGGCUGUAACUGUUUGCAGUUUAGAAAACAUUUUGGCCUCAAUUUAUAUGGUUUAAUUUAUUCGCCAUUUAUGCUUUUUAAAAAUGGUUUAUUCAAAGAGAUAAACUGGCCAUCUCCUAGCAAAAGGUUUGAAGGACUUGGGCUGGUCACUGGUCACUAAAUACUGUAGCAAACAAGUAAAUAAAACAGACAGGCUCCAUUAUUCUA